AUGGGACAGAUGAUAGAGGUGAUUUUAAAUGAUCGUUUGGGGCGUAAAAUAAGGGUAAAAUGCAACUCGGAUGAUACAAUUUUGGACCUUAAAAAACUCGUAGCUGCUCAAACUGGAACGAGAUAUGAUAAAAUCCGUAUACAAAAGUGGUAUAUUGUAUAUAAGGACCAUAUUACUUUGGAAGACUACGAAAUAAAAGACGGAAUGGGCCUUGAACUUUUUUAUAACUAA